AUGCUCACGGCGCAAAUGAAUCAACUUAAAUCCAAACCACCCACUCCGACACCGCAACAGCAAGCACAACCACCACCACCACCACUCGCGACACAAACAAAACAGCCAACACAACAACCACUGUCACAGCGGCCACCAGCAGAAACACAAUCCUCGCCACAAGAUGCGACAACACAAGUGACACUACAGCAAGUAGAACACAUGUUUGCAUUACAGCAGCAACAAAUCCAGCAACAAUUUCAGCAAAUGCAAGAGCAACUACAAGCGCAAAUGCAGCAGAUGUUUACGGAAUUCCAAGAACUAAAACGAUAUGUAGACGAUUCAGUUCAGAAGUUCCAACGGCCGCGCAAACGACGACACAGCCUCGCCUCGGGCCAGCUGAGCGCGAAGAUCAUGGACACCACGGACACUGAAGAUACCACAACCUCCGAAGUUCCUCAUCAUGGCUAA